UUAAUAACCCUACGAUUCAGUUUUAUCCUUAAAGCAACUGCAGAGUUGACCUUUUCAGCUCUUCUCAGAACAAAAUGCUGCUUGGCUUUUUUCUCCCUUUCUGUGUUUGUGGAAGCACAGCCAAAGGGUUGGCAUCUUCCCCACCUCCAAACACCACAGAAGCAACAGAAAAGUUGAUCCUGCAGGCCAUGGCUGUACCAGACUACCCAGUUGCUUCAGGUCAAAAAGUCCAGUUAUCCUGCAGGUCUGCUUUCAGCUUAAACCCUGUCCUUUGGAAUUGGUCUCACCUGCAAAAUAACACCUGGAAAAAGGUGAUCGAUGGCAAAGAACUGACCCUAUCCAAGCCAGAAGAUAGUGGGUUGUACCGAUGCUAUGCUGAAACCAAGUUUCAAAAGAGCGUGAGCCAAAACCUCACGGUCUUCAUCAUCUCUGUCCCCCGUCAAACUAACGAGGAUUUAGGAGAAGCCGCCCUCGUGCUGUCUAUUCUGAACUCGAUUUUCCUCAUCGCUGCUUUUCUUUGGUUCAUGAGCCAAAAAUUCUGUCACCAAAUGACCACCUCCAGCACUCCAAAGAAAGUUGAAGCUACAGCAAGACCCACGGCGGUGCUGAAUGUUUGUAAGCCUCCAGCUGACCCUGAUGGAGACGUGUACAUGAAUUACACAGGCCCUAACCCAGCAUACACGGACCUCAAUCCUGCCAACAUGGCAGGAGACAAUCUGUAUUCAUCUCUGUCUUGAGCUGAGUGAAGGUCUAAAAAUGAAUGACGACAUUUAUCAGCAGAAACACUUGGGUAGUGGAUUUCCAGGUAGAGUAGUUUCUUUUUGAAGUGGUCGACUUUCAGAACUGUGUCAUCAGAUCAGAGUGGGAAAGGUUUUCCGCUGUUAUGACCUGAAUAGCAGUCAGAUUCUUGUUCAUUUAUAUAUGGUCUUCACUACAGUUUAGCAAAUCUAAUAAACAUUUGUUGAAAAGUUCUUGUGUUUUUUGAAAGAUUGACUCAUUCAUAGCAUUUCUAACUGAUUGUCUCUCAUCUCUGUGGAGGCAAGACAGAUUUAUUUUUAUAGCACAAUUCCUAUUACACUGAGACUAUUAAAUAUGGUUUCUGUGUUUUAAAAAAAGCUACAACGUAAAACAAAAGUAUAUUUAAAAUAUAAAAUAAAAUAAGACAGACUGAGCAGUUACAGUGAAGAAGGCGCAGCAUGAGAAACAAUCACAAAAACGCUGAUGAAUUUAUUAAAGUUUUUAAUUUUCAUUUAAAAAUUACAAGAGUUGAGGAACACUUGGGGUGAUGAGGAAGCUGAUUCCAUCUGUAUGCAGCAUAGUAUCUAAAAGCAGACUGUAUAUAUUGCAAGAUGCCAUUAGGUGACAUAUAAAGUAUUAUAAAAUUUGUCCCACUAUUCUUCACAUUGGGGGUUUUGGGCAGCAUAGUGAUGCAAUUAAUGUCACUGUUGCCUUACAGCAAAAAUCACACAAGUAUGAAUCCUGGCUGCAGCUUUUUUGCAAGAACUAGCUUGUUCUCUCCUCGCAUUAAGGAGUUCUCUCUGUGUGCUCCGGCCUCCUACCACUGACGUCAAACAUGUGUGUCAGGAAACAUUGUUUGGAAAAUAGAUGAUUUAUGUGGUUGUCUUUUAUUCUAAGGUAAAGUAAAUAUGAGCAUCAUUUGUAAAAAGAUGUGUUUCUUUUUCUUUUUUUGUUUUUUUUUUCAUAUGGUUUGGUGGUUUUUGGUGACUUGUACCAUUUUGUUUGUUUUAAUGUAGGUUUUGUGUUACAUUUAGUAAACAAGUAAAAAUUACUUGUAUAAAGGGGUAGGGACAUAUAAGUUUCAACUUCAGCCUACUCCUUUUCAGACAGAGAAGAAGAAAAAAAGGGAUGAUGAUAUGUAUUUAUUCUGUUUGUGGUACAUUUAAAAAAUUAUGUAUGUUUUCUUUGUUUGAAAUAAACUAAACUAUCUGAGGUUGAUCGGAGACUCGAAAGGUGUGAGUGUAUGGCUGGAUGUUUGUCUCUUUGUGUCCCUGUGAUGGAAUGGAAGCCUGUCCACAGUGUCUGCUGACACAUGCUCGUUGACCGUCAGAGAUAGGCACCAACUCCCUGAUGCAUGGAUGAAUAAAUGGAUGAAUGGAUGGACGGAUGGAUAGAUGGAUGG